UCUCAAUUUUCGGCUCCCAACCUCACUUGAUCUAAUUGUACAGGCUUGCCUUGUUGCUCUUCUAUUGUGCAAUGAGACGAGUCUUCCCUAUGAGAUUGUGGCAAAUUUUAUGAGCAGGUAGUGCACUGCUGCUUGCCCCUACCCAGCAGCCAUGGCGACCACUUCGUCCAUGUUUAUGUACUCUCUUACCAUCCAGCCACCAACAGCAAUUACUCAAGCAAUAAUUGGCCAAUUUUCGGGUGUUAAGGAGCAACAGAUCGUGAUUGCAUCCGGCUCUAAGCUGUCAAUCCACGAACCAGAUUCGCACCAGGGCAAGAUUCGGACUCUCUACUCCCAGGAUGUCUUUGGGAUAAUCAGAUCUUUGGCGGCGUUUAGGCUUGCGGGCAGCAGUAAAGACUAUAUUAUCAUCGGCUCUGACUCUGGUCGGAUCGCAAUCGUCGAGUAUGUCCCAUCCCAGAAUCGCUUCAAUCGAAUUCACCUAGAGACCUUUGGUAAAUCUGGCAUUCGACGAGUUGUUCCAGGCCAAUAUCUCGCUGUGGAUCCGAAAGGCCGAGCGUGCUUGAUAGCAUCGGUGGAAAAGAACAAAUUGGUAUAUGUUCUUAACCGAAAUGCUCAAGCCGAGCUCACAAUAUCUUCUCCCCUCGAAGCGCAUCGACCUCAGACCCUAGUCUUCGCGCUAACCGCCCUCGAUGUGGGCUACGAGAACCCCAUAUUUGCAGCACUAGAGGUGGAUUAUACAGAAUCUGACCAAGAUCCGACGGGAGCAGCUUACCAAGAAGCUGAAAAGCUUCUUGUUUAUUACGAGCUUGAUCUCGGUUUAAAUCAUGUUGUUCGAAGAUGGGCGGACCCUGUCGAUCGUUCUGCAGCAAUGCUCUUCCAGGUACCUGGCGGAGCAGACGGCCCAAGUGGAGUUCUUGUUUGUGGCGAAGGUAACAUCACAUAUCGUCACUCCAAUCAAGACGCCUUCAGAGUGCCGAUUCCACGUCGGAGUGGUCCCACCGAAAAUCCUGAAAGGAAGCGGUAUAUCACGGCGGGUGUGGUUCAUAAAAUGCGGAGGGCAUUUUUUUGUCUUUUACAGACAGAGGAUGGAGAUUUGUUCAAAGUUACAAUGGACAUGGUGGAAGAUGAAAAUGGGCAAUUAACAGGCGAAGUACAGCGGUUGAAGCUCAAAUACUUCGACACCGUGCCCGUCGCAUCAAGUCUUUGUAUCCUCAAAAACGGUUUCCUUUUCGUGGCCAGCGAAACCGGUAAUCAUCAUUUCUACCAAUUCGAGAAGCUCGGUGACGAUGAUGAAGAAACAGAAUUCUCAAGUGAUGAUUUUUCGGCAGAUCCGUCAGAGCCACUCGCUCCAGUAUAUUUCCGUCCACGGCCAGCGGAAAACCUGAAUUUAGUGGAGAGUAUCAACUCACUUAAUCCUCUGAUGAGUUGCAAAAUCACAAACCUUACAGAAGACGAUGCCCCUCAAUUCUAUACACUGAGCGGGACAGGUGCACGGAGCACUUUUAGGACCUUGAAACACGGCUUAGAAGUGUCGGAAAUUGUCGAAUCCGAGUUACCCAGUGUUCCCUCCGCUGUUUGGACGACAAAACUCACUCGCAACGACCAAUAUGAUGCAUAUAUCAUUCUAUCUUUCUCCAAUGGAACGUUGGUUUUGAGUAUUGGCGAAACGGUGGAAGAGGUGACGGACACCGGCUUCCUCUCCUCUGCGCCAACGCUUGCUGUGCAGCAACUUGGUGAAGAUUCGCUCAUUCAAGUUCAUCCAAAAGGCAUCCGACACAUCCACGCCGACCGUAGGGUGAAUGAAUGGCCCGCGCCACAGCAUCGAUCGAUUGUGGCUGCAGCUACAAAUGAAAGACAGGUUGCCGUGGCUCUAAGUUCUGGCGAAAUUGUCUACUUCGAGAUGGAUACCGAUGGUUCUUUAGCAGAAUACGAUGAAAAGCGUGAGAUGUCAGGAACUGUUACGUGCCUUAGUCUCGGAGAGGUCCCUCCUGGUCGCGUGAGAAGUUCGUUCCUUGCCGUGGGAUGUGAUGAUUCCACAGUUCGCAUUUUGAGUUUAGAUCCCGAUUCAACUUUAGAAAAUAAAUCGGUCCAGGCUCUGACGUCUGCACCAUCCGCUUUGUCAAUAAUGUCAAUGGUUGACUCCACGUCGGGCGGUUCGACGCUUUAUCUUCAUAUUGGAUUAUACUCGGGCAUCUAUCUUCGCACAGUGCUCGACGAAGUUACUGGCGAGCUCUCAGACACGCGCACACGCUUUCUUGGCCUCAAGCCCGUCAAGCUAUUUAGUGUGUCUGUUAAAGAGCAGAGGGCUGUCCUUGCGUUAAGUUCACGUCCAUGGCUAGGAUAUUCUGAUUUACAGACAAAGAAUUUCAUGCUCACACCCCUGGAUUAUGUUCCACUAGAAUGGAGCUGGAACUUUAGCAGCGAGCAAUGCGUUGAGGGAAUGGUGGGAAUUCAAGGCCAGAAUCUAAGGAUUUUCUCUAUUGAGAAGCUCGACAACAAUCUCCUCCAAGAGACAAUUCCACUCGCCUAUACCCCGCGCCAUUUUGUCCGCCAUCCUGAACAACCUCUCUUCUACGUUAUCGAGGCUGACAACAAUAUACUCUCGCCUUCUACGAAAGCCAAGCUCCUUCAGGAUUCCAAAGCAGCUAAUGGAGAGGUGGCCGAACUGCCACCCGAAGAUUUUGGCUAUCCACGCGGCACCGGCCAUUGGGCAUCAUGCAUCCAAGUUGUUGAUCCAAUCAACAGUAAGGCAGUUAUUUCCCGUAUUGAACUAGAAGAAAAUGAAGCGGCCGUUAGUGUGGCAGCGGUCCCAUUUUCCAGCCAAGACGAUGAAACGUUUUUGGUGGUUGGAACUGGAAAAGAUAUGGUGGUGUAUCCUCCGUCUUCGUCGUGCGGGUUCAUCCAUAUCUAUAGAUUCCAGGAAGAUGGCAAAGAGCUCGAGUUCAUUCACAAAACCAAAGUUGAAUCCCCACCGCACGCACUCUUGGCCUUCCAGGGACGUCUCCUCGCCGGCAUCGGUCGCAAUUUACGGAUCUAUGAUCUGGGUAUGAAGCAGCUACUCCGCAAGUGCCAAGCUGAAGUUGUCCCACGAUUGAUUGUUGGACUUCAAACACAAGGUAGUCGCAUCAUCGUGAGCGACGUUCAAGAAAGCGUCACGUACGUGGUCUACAAAUAUCAGGAAAACCGCCUUAUCCCAUUUGCCGACGACGUAAUAGCCCGUUGGACAACGUGUACAGCGAUGGUCGAUUACGAGACCGUCGCAGGUGGAGAUAAGUUUGGAAACCUCUGGCUCCUGAGAUGCCCUCAGAAAGCAUCUGAAGAGGCUGAUGAAGAUGGCUCUGGAGCACAUCUCAUCCACGAACGGCAAUAUCUCCAAGGUGCACCAAACAGGCUCAGCCUGAUGGUUCACUUCUACCCUCAAGAUAUUCCUACAAGCAUUCAGAAGACGCAAUUAGUGGCUGGAGGACGGGACAUCCUGGUCUGGACCGGCUUACAAGGCACUGUUGGAAUGUUGGUGCCGUUUGUUAGUCGUGAAGACGUGGAUUUCUUCCAGAGUCUUGAGAUGCAGCUUACUUCGCAAACACCACCACUUGCUGGCCGCGACCAUUUAAUCUAUCGAAGCUAUUAUGCACCAGCGAAAGGUACCAUUGAUGGAGACCUCUGUGAGACGUAUUUCACAUUGCCGAACGAUAAGAAAUUAAUGAUCGCUGGGGAAUUAGACCGGUCUGUCCGAGAGAUCGAGAGGAAAAUUUCGGAUAUGCGUACUAAGGUGGCUUACUAACGAUUGAUCUUCGAUUUUACCUAGUUGGCGUCCUGGUUUGGGGUUUUCAUAUGCGUCCAAUUGAGUGCUAAUAAUUGUGAACUACGGGCUCCUUCCAAUAUGUCAUUUGUUUUCAAGAUUUUUUUCCAACUGUGGGCGGAAUACAGGGCAGCUAAGUGGCGAUUACGGAGU